UGGAAUCCACUCAAUGGUGUAACCUAGGAUUCUUGAGCUGGGGCUUGUGUACUCCCGAGGAAACCAAAAUGUGCAUAUGUCCAAUUUCAACCGUCGGAUGAGCUUCACCAGCUCUAAAUAGUUUAAUCUCAAGGUAAUUCAGCGGGUGGAAGAAUGAGGAUGACAUUGGCCAAGGAGGAUGUCAAUUUUUUGUUGUGCAAAACAAACAAAUUUCUUAACUGAAUCACUGCUUUUAAUCAUUAGACAUGUUCACAAUUAUACCCUUUUCUCUUUGUUAAUAUCACCAGAACAAAUCCUCUCAACUCUUUUUCUUCUUUUCUACUUCUUCUAUUUACUUCUCAGAAUUUCUCAGUUUCUUCAACUUCUUCUUGAAAUGACUCACUUCUAACCUCACUUGCAGUUUUCAAGAAAGUCUUAAAUGAAGAGAUAGUUGUAGCUCAUCACCAUCCACUACGCUCAAAUUGUCAAGAGUUGAAGAAUCGAAACUAAUUGAAGGGCAAGAAACUGGACAUUGGUUUCGCAUUUUUGUGUUCCAUGCCAAUUAUCCACUUGUAGUCUUGUAGCUUUCUCCAUUCAUACUGCACUAGUUAUUUCAGUUACCCAAGUUACGAGCUAUCCCAGCACCGGCUAAUGAUCUCGAAAAGGUUUUCAGCUUGAGUUGUGGAGAAGAAAACAUUGAGACAUCAGUACUUGGAAAAAUGGACAUGGCUGAAGAAAGCAAAGAUAAGUUCCAUCACUCUGCUAGAGUAUUAGCCAUGCUUGGUCAAGAUCUUAACUGUCUUCCUCAUCCCAUCACUGAAUCAAGAAUGCCGGAAAAUCUUCAACAAAGUGACAAACUUGAAUCAGACGCUGUAGUGAAGAAUAACAAAAAGAGGGCAGCAACAGACCACAUAGCUAGAAUUGCUUUAGCCGAUCUUGCAAAAUACUUCGACCUUCCAAUAGCAGAAGCUUCAAGAAAUCUGAAGGUUGGACUCACUGUGCUCAAGAGGAAAUGCAGGGAACUCGGUAUACCUCGUUGGCCACAUAGGAAAAUCAAAUCCCUCGACACUCUCAUACGAAAUCUUCAGGAAGAGGCAACAAGGCAGGAGAGAGAGAACAAAGCAGCGGCAGCUAUGGCUGUAACGAAGAGGCAAAAAAUGCUAGAAAGAGAAAAACAAGGCAUAGAGAGUAAACCAUUCAUGGAAAUACAAAAUGAGACUAAGAGAUUUAGACAAGAUGUUUUCAAGAGAAGACAUAGAGCUAGAGUUGUUAACAAAAGAUGCUAGCCAUAAUGGCCACAUCUCCAUUUAGCUAGAUGCCUUCACAUUCCAGCAACAAACAAUGCAUAAAUAAU